AUGUCGACGCCCGCCGCUCCGCUGUCGACCGUCGCGCCCGACAAAGCGCUGCAGUGCCAGGACGACCACGUUGUGAAGCUCCAGCUCGCGUGUCUCUGCUCGUUCCUCUUCCUGUGCGUGCAACUCGCCGGGGGCUACUACACGGACAGCCUCGCGAUCCUCUCGGACGCGGCCCACGUGCUGUCGGACGUGGCGAGUUUCCUCGUCUCGCUCGUGGCCAUGUCGUUGGGCCAACUGCCUGCGUCGGCGACGAUGCCGUUCGGGUACCAUCGCGCCGAAGUGAUUGGGGCGCUCGGGAGUGUGCUGCUCGUGUGGGUGCUGGCGAUCGGCCUCUUGUGGACUGCGCUCCAGCGCGUGUACGACCAGGGACAGGGCGGCGAGGCCAGCACGGACCUGGUCGACGGCAAGACUAUGUUUGUUGUCGCCAUGUGUGGACUCGGGAUCAACCUGGUGCUGAUGAAGAUCCUGGGCCACGACCACUGCCACGGACAUGGUGCUGGACAGGGCCACGACCACUGCCACGGACAUGGUGCUGGACAGGGACCGUGUCGUGACGGCGAGGCCACAAGUGUCGGAACGGCUUCGAGCGUGCAGGAUCGCGGUCGGACGCCCAUGUCGGCAAUGGCGUUGAUUGAUGGGGUCGAGAUUGAGCCGCUGGCCACGGAAGUGGAGAAGCUGGCACCGAAGUCGUCAGUGUUUGAGAACAUCAACGUUCGGGCAGCGUACAUUCAUGCGCUUGGGGAUUUCGUCCAGAGCUUGGGCGUGUGCCUUGCCGGUGGUUUGAUCUGGUACAACCCGUCGUGGCAAAUGGCGGACCCGAUCACGACCAUCUUGUUCUCGUUCCUCGUGCUGGCUACGACCGUUGGCGUGCUCACGCGCAGUGUGCACAUUCUGAUGGAAGGUGCACCGCCAGCACUGGAUCUGCGUGUGGUUGAGAAACGCAUUCGCGCACUUGCGUCGGUGUACGACGUGCAUGAUCUCCACGUGUGGAUGCUCACGGAAGGGCACUACGCGGCCAGCGUGCACAUUCUACCGACUGGGGAGCCUCGUGUAGCCCUUCGCGCUACCCAGUGCCUGCUAGCGUCACUGGGCGUGCGUCAGCAAACCGUGCAAGUCGAAGACCCGACGGAUCGAGACUGGAAUGAAGACUUGUACUGCAGCUGGGUGUCGCAUUCGAACGUUGCGCUUGAGGCCGAGAGCAAGAUGUCCGUGCCACGUGCUGGAACCAAGAAGGCUGCGCUUGAGCCUCUGCCUGGGACAGCAGCGACCUUCAACUAG